UGUUUUUGGGGUGCUGCUAAGCUAGCUUUGUUGCUUGAAGCUGACGACGGUAGCUCACUGAGCUGCUUGGUGCGUAUGGUAUUAAGUAUUAGCUACCGGAGCCAUUUGUACGUUGCCGCCACGUGUAUGGCCGACGAAUACUACUCACAGCUAACGUUAUUAAUUUGUUCCCCUGUUUAAUCAUUUUUGGACCAUUUUAAUACCACACGUGCUUGGAUUUACAGUGGGAACAUCAUGCAAAUACAGUGACAAAGACCAACAUCUUCCAAGUUUCACCAGAACUUCCUACAUCAGGAUGAAGGGACGGACCGAUGCUCCUCAGGACCGGGGCUGCCUGGUGGGGAUCUGUUUCUUCUUUCUGGGCCUGGGAACGUUGCUACCAUGGAACUUCUUCAUGACUGCCUCCUUGUAUUUCCAAGGUCGCCUAAACACGACAGAAUGGAGCAACGGCACAACGGUGGUCCGCAAGGAGUACUACUUUAACAACUGGAUGACCCUGCUGUCCCAGCUGCCCCUGCUGGUGUUCACCCUGCUCAACUCCUUCCUCUACCAGAGGAUAUCGGCGGCGAUGCGCAUCGCAGGCAGCCUGGUUUUUAUCCUGCUGCUCUUCAUCUUCACAGCAGUGCUGGUCAAAGUGCCCAUGGAGGAAGACCGCUUCUUCUCUAUCACCAUGGCUACUAUCUGGUUUAUCAACUCGUUUGGCGCCGUGCUGCAGGGCAGUCUGUUUGGCCUGGUGGGUCUGCUGCCUCAGAAGUACAGCACCGUCUUCAUGAGCGGCCAGGGCCUCGCCGGGACUUUCGCUGCCAUCGCCAUGCUCCUUGCCAUAGCCAGCGAUGCCGACUCUGAGACGGCAGCGUUGGGUUACUUCAUCACGCCAUGCGUGGGCACUCUGGUCACACUCUUCAGUUACCUGCUGCUGCCCCGCCUGGAGUUUGCCCAAUAUUAUCUGAACAAAGGCAGCAAGUAUGAGGCGGACACCACAGACGAGUUGCUGAAAGAGAGAAGCACAGUGGAGAACGGCAAGCUGAAUGGCCACGCUAACGGCACAGUGACCAGCAGCACAACCCAAGACGGCGAUGCAGCCGAGGCUGAGGGGGACCCCAGUCCGGACGGGCCGCAGCACGCCUUCCUGUCAAUGGAGCAGGUGGAGAAGGGACAAGCUAAGGCCUCAGUCUUAGAGGUCUUCAAAAAGAUCUGGGUAAUGGCGUUCUGCGUGACGUUUGUGUUCACAGUCACUCUGUCCGUCUUCCCUGCUGUCACUGCAGAUGUCAAGACCAGAUUCCCAGGGAAAUGGGAGCGCUUCUUCAUCUCCGUGUGCUGCUUCUUGAUUUUCAACAUCAACGACUGGUUCGGUCGGACCAUCACCACCUUGAUACGUUGGCCCUGUAAAGAGUCUCGCCUGUUCCCGGCGCUGGUCGCCUCCAGGGUGGUGUUCGUCCCUCUGCUGAUGCUCUGCAACGUCCAGGGUCGCUCCUUCCUCCCCGUCUACUUCAGCCACGACGCUGCUUUCUCUGUCAUCAUGGCUCUCUUCUCCCUGUCCAGUGGCUACUUCGUCUGCCUUUCCAUGUCCUACGCACCACAGUUGGUGGAGCCGAAGGAUGCAGAGACUGCCGGAGCCCUGAUGACUUUCUUCCUAGCCCUGGGUCUGUCCAUAGGAGCCGCCCUUUCCUUCCCUCUCCGAGCUCUGGUCUAGCACACACACACACACACACACACACACACACACACACACACA